UCAACAAUUCAUCAAGGCGCAGCAUAUUGUUUCAAGUCAGUUACUCAAUUAUUGUGUUUACUGUUCAUAAUUUGGACUAAGAAAACAAAUAUGACAAAUAUGGUGAAUUUUUUUGUUGGAUACCGUGUUUAUACAUUUUCCUGCUUUUUUUCAACAUUGGAGUUGGUAUACUAUUAGAAUGGUGUACUAUAUUAUUUUACUUUGCUGUCAGUUUUUUAAGAAGAGCAUGUGUCCUUGCAGUCUAAGCGUAAGUUAGAUGCUAAGAUCAGAGACCUGUUUAGCCUUGAGGAUGUUACAUUGUGUACACGGGAGAGACCGUGGAAUAUCGAGGCUUCCACUUAAGGAGGUAGUGAUGUUCUGAACAGGAAGAAGUUCUCCUCUUUCCGGCUGAUGUGUCCAUACUCAUGUUUUCUUUAUGUGUAAGGGAUGUGAAAUGAACUCGUUACUGUGUAAAAGAGAAAUUGUCUCAGAGUGGAAUUUCCUCUCACAGAUUUUUUUUGGGAUUUUUAGUGAUUUUCUCAAUGCAUGCUAUGCAGGCUUCCACUGACAACAUUUGCUUUAGUAAGAGGCAGGUCGGGUAUUGACCCCCACUCCUUACGGGGGUGAUACAGUUCUACAGGUGUACACAGACUGCCGUGAUGUGAUGCUGUGACCACGUUGGCGGUAUGGGGUCAGUCCCCUCAGAGAAACACAAGUACCUACUUCUCCUAGACCUUCUCAAGUCACCACAUGUUCCUUUUGUAAAUACGCAUACCGUCAUCAUUCAGAGGAGCCCGUCUGGAAAACUCGGAAUCAAACUCAAAGUCCAAAAGAUCGGUGAUUCGGACACGUGCUGUAUUGUGACAGAGGUGAAGCCUGAGUGUCGUCUCCUGAGCGGUUCACAGCUGACCCAGUUUGAGUGUGUGGUCAGUAUAAAUGGGAAUGACCUGCGGGGACUGACUGAAGACCAGGUGUUUGGUCUCAUCGACUCAAUCCAAGAUUGCUCCGUUACACUAACUGUCUGUGAUGUGUUAAAAAACAACAAGAGAACUCGAUCUCAACUAUCAAACUCGAGUGAGUCGUCCAGCUCCAUGGAAGUCAGGAAGAAAAUCAGCGGAAUGAGGCGGAUGAUCAAGUCCAACAGCGUGGAGAACGACGAAAAAGAAUCCAGCGAACACGACUCGCUACUGGCCGGAGAGCAGCGUGUGGGAUCGCAGGUAGACCAGCACUUUAACACGGCCAGCUGUUACGAGGAGAGGGUGUGCUCGAUGCCGGCCAUGUCAGAGCGCCCCCUAGCGGGGGAGGAGCAGUAUCACUCGAUGCCUGUGGGCUCGGGGGUUUGCAAGGAGUGUAAAAACAACAACUGUACCACACACAAUCACGCCAAUCUAAUGGGGAAGGGGAGUAACUCCUGGGCAAGGUCGGUGGGCUUUGUGGGGAGCUAUGAGGACUUGUUUAAGUACCCUCACCGUGUGAAGUGGGACUGCCUGACUAAAGCCGUGGACCUAACAACCUCAUCUCAAGGAAAGUUUGGCUUCUCGUACAAAGUCAAGGAAUUCAAAAAUAAUGUUGAUGAUUGGUACACCCUGGUGACGUCAGUGACAGAAGGGGGUCCAGCAGACGGCAAGUUAAUGGUGGGAGACUGGAUACGGUCCAUUGACGGUCACGCUCUGGCGAACCCCAAAGAGGCCCUAUUCCUGGAGAAGAAGUUAGAGAGAUUAAAGGAAGUGAAGGUCGUGUUUCAGCGACCGGAGGGAAUGUUACCCCGACACAAGUCCUUUCAGUCUGGCCACCGCCCCGAGAUCGUAGAGCCCAACCCCCCACACUCGCCCAUCUCUGCUCCCACCGUGUUAACAGACAUCACCGGACAGCCGGUCAAAUCUAACGUCCCCCUCCCCGGGAGCUGUUCGCCGGUAAAUGCCAAGGUCGGGGGUCGGUCUGAUGGCUACAUACGUCAGCCCAGUACCAUGUCCAAGGCUUCUAUGUCCUCAACCUUCAGCUCAGGAAGCUGUGAACCCAGGCAGGUGAAGCCUAAACAGAGCCCCAGUACCCUGGACCCCAGCAGUCUGUUCACAAUCCGACCCAUUUCUCCCGGCGCUAAGGUCGAGCAUGUCCAGAUCUUCGUCCCGGGUCUGCAGUCCGCUGAUGGUACGUCAGGAGGACCCGACGAUUUCCAGAUGAAAGUAAAAUUCCCCAAAGUGAGGAUAUUUAUCUGUGGUACAAACGCCAGACAGCUCUCACAGUUACUUCUACCCAACUUCCUGUUACCCGCUGAUAAUACAGUGAGGCUCUUUGACCGAGUGUUUGCUACCAUGGCGAUGGAGAGGUCGGGUGAGGUCGGGUUUGAGCCGUGGUCUCAGUAUGACCGGCUCCUACAGAUAGACGAGCGGGUGAGGCACGCCAGUAAUGACUCCCUGAACCACUGUGAUACCAGUGAUCGAUCCUACCCCAGUAGUCUAGGCUGUGGGGCGAUUAACACCGAGAUUUUUAUUGUGUACGAUGAGAAAUUCUUCCUUCAGUGCUGUCAGUAUUUAUUCACUAGGACCAGUGUAUUUCUGUUGACCUUUGAUGGUGAUAAAAUGUUGAAGUCCCCUCCCUGUGAAAUUCACCGCUUACAGAACACGAUACACACCAUUCGCGGAACAGUUGGGUACGAGUGUCCCAUUCAAACCUAUGGACUUCUGGGAGUAGAUUCUUCUGACAUAGCGUCUACAGCCACCAUUGACGAAGUCCGGACCUUAUUCUAUACCUCUCACGGAUAUCAGAUCGUGAAAUAUAACGUUCCGCGACAUCCACACCUGUUCCACUUCUCUAACGGCGCGCGACCCUGUGUAGAGGUACAGAACAGCGUGUGGAGAUCUAUCUGUGAGAUUCAGGAGAAACAGUACAUCCUACUAAUCUCCAUGGCGAUGAUCCACCAAUUAGAACAGAGGAGACAGAGUGAUGUGGCCUGCAUUGAUGAGGACGAUUUUACGGCAGCUUUCCAGGAGACCAUUCCAGGAGCGGAUCUAGGAAUCAGACAAGUGGUGUGGACCGAGUUACUGGAAUUUGGAGAAAUCUUAUCCACAAAGGCAGCCUUAUUACCUGUAUCCAGCAUCAGCCAGCUAGACAAACUCCUGUUUAUAAGGCCUGACAUCCUAUUGGACAGAAUCCACCAAUUACAGACAAUCUCUCCAAGAAUCAUCCAAUCAAAUGAGGCAAUCAAACAAAUCUGGCUCAAACUCAUUGCAUCAGGAUUUUUCCUGCAAUCUGAUUGGUCAGAACUUUGUCCCCAGACUGACCUGUAUUCCAUGUCCAGUACAAAGCUACAGCUGAGUCCAGACAAGGCCCUGCUCUUACUUCAGGCCUUUGGUUUGAUCUUCAGACAGGAAGCAAUCGAUGGCAGCCAUUAUUUUAUUCCAUGUUUCAUUCCUGAGCCGGUGUUUUCCGAGACCUUUGAGUACACGACAGGGAGUCUUUACUUCCAGCUCCGAGGAAACCCCCCACACAUAUCCAGUAUGAUCUAUUUUCAUCUUGUGUUCCGAUUGAACAAUGCCAGUGAUGCCCGCUCUCUGGUGGUGACCAAUAGUACCACCAGUGUGAUCCACCACGCGGGGUACGAAAUCACGCUGACCCACGAGAAACUCCGAGACAGGAUACAGAUUCAACUCAACAGACUAGAGAAAAAUGUAAGAUUACAUGCAGUAUUAGAUUGGCUGACAGAAAUAUGCAAAUCAAGUCUAGGGUCAGAGGUCAAGUAUGUGUUAGGUCCAGCCUGCCCUCUACAGGAGAAAUGUAGCUACGCACAACACACAAGGAAGAACUCCGAGGAACUCCACAUUUUAGACCUGGCCGAGGGGCUUCCCAUUUUUUGUGGUAACAUCAAGGUGGACAAUCAGGUCAAGGUCUGGCUCAAGCCCUCUAAGAAGCAGCAGUCCGGUCGCCAUGAACUACUCCCUCAUCAGGACACAGAGACGGGGUCUAACGAGAGCUUCAAGUCGUUUGAGACCCCAGGACCUGCCCCCCUAUACAUCAAGUCCCUGCCCUACAACGUCUUUAAGGACGUGUACGAGAACCUUCAGAUUAAUGUACAGAAGGACUGGAGAUGUCUAGCAGGGUUACUUGGGUUUACCGUAGAAGAAAUCUUGGUGUACGAAACAAAACUGGAGCCAGCUAAGAUGCUGCUACUGGACUUGGACCAGACCAAGAGGAUGACCGUCAAACAGCUGGUGGACGUCCUGGCCAAACCGGAGAUGCAGCGACAGGAUAUUAUUGAUAAACUCUCAAAGUUCCUCAACGGCGGAGUGUAAACAGCGACGUGAUAUUAUUGAUAAACUCUCAAAGUUCCUAUAUGGCGGAGUGUAAACAGCGACAGGACAUUAUUGAUUAACUCUCAUCAAAGUUCCUUAAUGGCGGAGUGCGAGCAGCUAAAAGACAUUAUUGAUAAACUCUCAAUAAUCUUUAUAAAGUUCCUAAAUGGUGGGAUGUGAGGAACCUGGAGCCAAAUUUUCAACUUUGUCUCUGUUUCUAGUUGUUGUUAUUUUUUUACAAUAACGGUGAUGAUUUGAUGCAUUCUUAUGCAAAUUUUCAAGUUUGUAGCCAAACAGUAAAUUUGAUUUGAUGACUUCCCUUACAAAGCAGACAAAGAGAAAUGUGAUGACCUCCCUUACAAAUCGGACCAAACAUGUACAUAUUUCUUUUUUUCCCUUGUGAAAUUUUGAUUAUUAUUGUUAUUUGAUAACAAAAUUUCCCGUAGUGCCAUUAGAUUACACUGAAUUUUUAUCUUACAGCUCUGUUGUUGCUCUGAGAAGUUAAGUGUGAUAUUUGUUAUAUAUGUCAAAAGAGUUAUUUGUACAGUAAAACUCUGUUAUAACGAAGUCACCGGGACCAAUAAAAUUACAGUUACUUCACUAUAUCUGUAAUUUGUUAUAUACUUAUAUAGGAAUUCAUCAAAUUUAUAUAGCUGGGGGUUCCAAGAUAACUUCGCUAUAACCAUGAAUUCGCAAUAUCUGUGUUCAUACUAAACGAGUUUUGCUGUAUAUAGGAAGGCAUCAUGGUUUAAUUUUGGUAAAACUCUGUUUGCGAUUUUACAAACUGCAUAUAAUUUAUCAUUCAUCUUUGUAAAGUUUAUAUCUUUGACACAUUUUUUCUUUUUACUCUACUUAUAUGUUUAUAUUACCAUAUGUAAUUAUAAUUUUAGAAAAAUUUUUAUUUCUUUCAGAAACAUUUAUAAUAACCUAUUUAUUCCAUGGCUAUACAUUCCAAGCAUUUAACUGUUUAGAAAAUGAAAUAAUUAUUUAUUUUUGAUAUCCAUUUUCCCUCAUCCUACUCUUAGAACUAAAUUUUGACUUGUUACAAGCAGCUGCUCUAGUUAACACAUCCUCCCUUAAUACAAAUGUACCAACCUAAUUCAUAAAGGACUAUAAAUAACAUUUAUUGUAUGCAUAGGCUCGUUUAAAUAUUUUAUUUUCAUGAACAUACAAAUGUAAAUUAAAGUAAAACUUCCAGGGAAAAUUUAGAUGUAUGUAAUAGAAUUCCUAGAGCUAAGUAUAUUUUUGAUACUCUGAAUGUUGAUUUUAGCUAGCUAUUUUGUGUCAGACGUUUAUUUAUAGCCAAGACACACAGUUUGUAUGUUAUAAUUAUAGUUUUGAAUUAAUCUUUGUAUCAAGACUUCGUCAAUGACAUGUAAUAUUAACUGUGCAGUCCAGUUUUGAAUGCUUGGACUUACUUUGAUCCAUCAUCUACUCAUCUAACAGUUAGUCCCAUCUCGUAACAAUAAUCUAUGACAAAUUACACCUUCCACUAGUAUGACUUACGCAAUACAAGAAACUACCAUCCUGGUUUUGAUGAAAUUAAAUGAACUCAUUUUUUUUCAAAAGAGAAUUCCACUCAGGAAGUUUUUUUUUAUUGUGAUAUUAUCUUCAAGACAAUCAAUUCAACAUUAAACUUACUUCAUUUGAAAAUAUUUUACAUUGCCAUAUUUAGAUUAAUUUUGUCAUAAUUUAUUAAAAAAUGCUUUCAAAAUUUUUGACAUAAUAGCAUAGAUUAUGCAGGAUUGUACCCCCAUUAUAUUGAUGUAAAAGGGUAUUUUCAAAAUAAAAUGUACAAGUG